AGACCUCGCACCCACAAACCCAAACCCAGACUCAACCCUCUCAGGCCCAAACACCACUACCCUCGUCUGCGCACUCACCCUAACCCUCAAACCAGGCAUGCACCUUAUGAUAACAGGUUCUAAUGGCGUUGGUAAGACGGCUGUUGCAUGGGUUUUGGCGAGGCUUUGGGCGCCUGGGUCUGGGUCGGGGCUUAGGUCUGACUCAGACUCGGACUUGGGAUCGGGGCUCAUGCGUCCUACAGAUGACGUAGACGGUCGUCCAGGGUAUUUCUGAGUUCACCUCACAAUCCGGUCCGAGCUUACUGCGGCGCUGGAAGAACUAGAGGGUCUGCUCUGUGCGGCUCAUCU